UUGACAACGAGGGACUGCAGCUCCUUAGGUCCUCGAGAAUGUGUUGACAACAUGGUAAAUAUAUUAUUGACUUUUAGAAGUUGAUAUUAAAGUUGAAUCAGCUGAUGUUAAAGUUGUUUAUUGUUUUCUAGGUUAUAAUUUUUGCAGCAACCAUGUUUAUGUAUUUUGAAAAAAGGUCAACUGGAGUCAUAAAAAGGAUGAUCUUCAGUCCAAUGUUUGCGACUCACUUACUAACUGACAAUAAGAGGCGAGUUGCCAAAAAACAGGUCUGGCAACUUAUAGAUUACCAGCCUUAUUUUCGGCACGAUCUAGUAAGACUUCAUGAUUUAUUAUCUGUUGAUUGGGUUUUCAUUCCAGUUGUAACCAAGAAUCACUGGUGGUGCUAUGCACUGAGGGUCUGCACCAUGCAGUUUUUUGUUAUUGACUCAUUGGAGAAGGGAAUCAGCGGACGUGCUGGGAUUGACCGAAGCAUUGCUAAAAGUAUUCAGCGGUUUUGGGGUUUGCUGACUAAUACAUAUGAAGAUUCCAAGAUUGCUUUCAAUGUUGAGCAAGCCAAGAUCCCAGUGCAACCUAACACAUACGACUGUGGUUUAAUCAUGAUGAAAGUGAUGGAAUUAUGGGAUGGAGAGGACAAAUAUGAUGGCAAAAACAUGCCUGAUUAUAGUAAUGAGGAAUUGGCUGCGUUUAGAAAGAAGUACAUAUAUGACUGGAUUAUAGAUGCUGAAAACAUGCGAAGAUUGGGAGUCUUGCAGCACUUUGGAUUAGUAUAGGAAAUUACAUAAAUAUAUGUGUUUACAUUGUAAUUAGCAACAGAUUGAGUAGACAAUGUAAUGAUGUACAGUCUUGCAAAUUUUUACAAUG